AUGCAAAAUGAACAGCAUGAGCUUAAUGAAACCAAUAACUCUGUUUUAUUUGUUAAUAACCAAUUUCCAAAUCCGUAUGACGCUUUGGUUGGGCAUGAUAGCGUAGCUUCUAAUUCUGCUUCAUCGACUUUCUUUGAUAAUGGCUACAUCGAUUAUAUGGAAAAUGAAAAGCACAUAUAUAACCCUGAAUCGUUUGACAGUAAAAAUUUCGAUAACCAAACAUGUUCUAAUACACAGACAUAUGAAAUAGUGAAGAAUGUUGCUAUUGAGGACAUAUUUCCGCUUGAAACAGAACAACUCAGUCCAAGUUCUCACUCGGUUCAAGUUCUAUCUCUUCGUCUUACUCCAUCACUUAUCUAUAAUUCUGAAAAUGCCUCUAAUAGUUUUGAACCAUCUCAAUCGUACCUCUCUACAAGUAAUGAUAAAUCGGAUGACGAUUUGACUGUUCCUUUGAUACAAGAAAAACUAACAGCUCAUGAAACUAUACCUCCUAACUUACCUACCUACCUGACCCCAACUGCCUGUCCUGAAUUAAUAAAUAAAUUAGUAGAUUACAGUGAUACUGAUUCAGAAUCGGAAGAACCGGUUAUAAAAAGAAAGAAAAGGUGUCAAGUAAAGAAGGAAGAAUGGACUAGUGAAAUUAAUAAAAAGAAUAGAGAAAAGGGUAAAGAAUAUUGCGGUAAGAAAAAAGUUGAUGGAGAGUGGAAAAAAAAUAUAAAGAAACCAAAAAAGGUGUUGAAACCCCGGUGCAGUUGUAAGGAAAAGAGAAAUAGUGUUAUUCAGUGUCAUAGUAUUUCUGAAGAUGACAGAAAAAUAUUAUUUGAUAAGUUUUGGAAUAUGACUUGGGAUGAAAAACGUGGAUAA